AUGGCAGAAGAGAAGGACAUUGUUGUGGACGACGGUCACCAGACGCGAUUGUUAUACACCGAAACCAGCUCCGUCGACAAAGCCAACCGCUUGUUUGGAGCGUGUUACAAUGGUAACACAGUGAUCAUGAUCAACCCUCGACCCAGUAUGUUUCGGCCUUACAUCCGCGUACCAGAAGGGAUGUAUGCACUCGUACAGAACCAAGGUCGUGAUAUGGACUUUACGAAAGACGGUGUGAAAGGUCCUGUAUGGCCUGCUGGGUUCCACUGGGCCGGUCCUUGGACUCAAGUUUCCCACCUCAUCACGAAGCAGUUCAUUGUAUUUGAGACGCCUGUUAAAGGCUGUAAGACAGCUGACAACGUUACGGUUCGCAUCGAUAUUUGCCUCAUCUUCCGAAUCAUGGGGGACGCAUCCAAGGGGGAAGAUCCGAACCUUGUACGGCGCUUUGUGUACGAGCUGGGGCCCAACGGCUUGGAAGUUCAGCUGCGUGCAGCGCAGGAUGAAGCUGUACGCGCUUUAGCUCGAAGUGUUCAACACACGGAAGUAUACAAGCUUCGUGAUGGGACAAUGCAAGGAAAUUUCAACACGGGUAAGCUUGCAAUGCUGAACCGCAAUUCAGCACCAACAGAACAAACACCGUACUUUGUGACGGAGGAUAUCAAGAAGAAUCUCAACGCCCAGUUCAAUAACUAUGGCGUUCAGAUCACCAGUGUAGCCAUCACCAACGUGAAACUUCCAACGACGUUCGAGGAGCAGAUGCAGAGUCGUACGACGCACUUGAGUACGAUUAAGGAGCAGAACAUGAAGCAGAUGAACGCCAUGCAGUUGCUAUCAUACAAGGAGGAGAUCGACACGACAAAGUUAGCGAGAAAAAUGAUGUUGAUGGAGGAAGAGCAAACCGGCAAAGCCAAAUGUGCCGAGAUUCAAAAGGAGAUCGACAUGGUUGAUACAGAUACCCGUGUCAUUCAGGAGCAAAUUGCUCAGGAGACGCGUGUUGAGUGCAACAAAAUCGCUGCCGAAGCCUCGUUAGCAAUCGAGCAGAUCCACGCUGACACAAAGCGCAUUUCAAGUGAGAUCGCGUUCCGAUCCGACACCGAUAUUCGCCUCGUUGAGGCUGAAGAGGAAGCAUGUAAAUUGCAGUUGCAGGCGGAAAUCGAGGAGCUCAUCAGUGGCGGUGAAGCAAAAGCAAAGGAGAUCGUGGCGCGCGCUGAGGGAUCAGCAGCGAAGAAACUCGAACAAUACCGCGCGCACCAGCUUGACAUGCAGCGCUUAGAGGUGCUCGCGUCACUUUCGCAGAAUCCGAAGACCGUAGUCACCGGUAAUGCGUCUAACAGUCUACUAGCUGAAAUGAUGGUCGCGAACCAGCUCGGUAAAGAAUUGUUAAACAUAGGUGAAGGAGGAUUCAAUGGGCUAGCGCAGGCUUCUUAACCCGGGGGGAAAAGAUGAAAGGGAGCA